AGGUCGGUGCAGGAGAAGUAGUCCAGUCCAGGCCGCUGGGGGCCUGGGGCAGCCGUCUCCCACGUCCGUGAGUCACAAGGAAGGAUUUCCACAGCUCUGACUGGCGUGUGGACUGUUUAUUUGUUUCCAAACUUCCGGAGCUCUGCUCCCACCCCCAUCCCUCUUCCUGAAGUGGCUUCUUGGACGUAGAGACGACAUUCCUUGAGACCCCCGGAAACUGGAGUGAGGAAAUGGAACCCAUGGUUGUUGAAGAUGUGGCUGUGGUCUUUAGCCAGGAUGAGUGGGCAAUGCUGGGUCUUUCUCAGAGGAAACUCUACAGAGAUGUGAUGAUGGACACGUUCAGAAAUUUUGCCUCAAUAGUCUCUGAAAAUCGUAAUGAUGGAGAAAAUUUAUCCAUAGAACAUAUAAUGGUGCAGUUCAUGAAAAAUAGCACCUGGUCUUCCAUGUUAGAAGAAGUCUGUGAAUCACAUGACAAUGAAGAUCAGCUUGAAAACCAGAUGAGCUAUUUGAGCGUGUUGCCAGUUUUCAAAAGAAUUCAUAUAGCAGCAAACUGCUAUGAAUGCAAUGAGGGCAAUCAGUGUGGGACAACCUUCAGCUUGAUUCCAGACCAUGCUAUACUACAAAGAAAUCCUUCAGAAGUCAAUCCUUUUCAAUGCAUUGGGUAUGAGAAAGCUUUGGAUCACCCCCUACAAGAGCAACAUGUGACAUCUCAGACUGGAUUCAGUACCUGUCAGUGUAAGGAAUGUGGAGAAGCCUGCAGUUGUCCUUCCCACCUAAACACUCCUAUGAAAACGUUUAAUGGAGAGAUAUCCCAUAAAUUGAAGGGAUUUGAGGAGGAGUUCAUUUGUAUUUCAACAUUGAAGGAUUCUGUGGCAACGGUGACUGGGGAGAAACCCUAUAAAUGCAAUGAGUGUGGGAAACGUUUUUGUAGUUUUUCCUCCUUUUGGACACAUGUGAGAUGCCGUUAUGAACGUAAGGAAUGUUGUGAAACCUAUAGCUGCCCUGCAUCCUUCAUUUUACAUAGAACAUUUCACAAUGAUAGGCCUUACGAAUGUAAAGAGUGUGGAAAAGCCUUUAGUGUGGCCUCUUCCCUCACUGAACAUAUAAGAACUCACAUUAGAGACAGACCUUACGAUUAUAAGACGUGUAGGGAAACCUUUAGUGAUUCCUCAGCUGUCAUUAAACAUAUAAGAGCUCAUAGUGAAGAGAGACCUUAUGAAUGUAAGGAAUGUGGAAAAGCCUUUAAGCAGCUCUCUGCCCUCAGUACGCAUAUAAGAAUUCACACUGGCGAAAGGCCUUAUGAAUGUAAUCAGUGUGGGAAAGCUUUUAGUUGUUCUUCAACCCUCACUACACAUAUAAGAAGUCACAGUGGUGAGAGGCCCUAUGAGUGUAACGAAUGUGGGAAAGCCUUUAGUUGUUCUUCAUCCCUCACCACACAUUUUAGGAUUCACAGCGGAGAGAGACCAUAUGAAUGUAAGGAAUGUGGGAAAGCUUUUAGUCAGCCCUCAACCCUCGCUAGACACACAAGGACCCACAAUGGAGUGAAGCCUUAUGAAUGUACCGAAUGUAGGAAAGUCUUCAGGCAGUCCGCAACCCUCGCUUUACAUAUAAGGAUUCACAAUGGAGAGAGGCCUUACGUAUGUAAAGAAUGUGGGAAGGCCUUUAAUCAUGCUCCAUCACUUGCUAAGCAUGUAAGAACUCACAGUGAAGAGCGGCCCUAUGAAUGUAAUGAGUGUGGGAAAACCUUUCAUUGGUCUUCAGCCCUAGCUAUACAUUUAAGGACUCACAAUGGAGAGCGGCCCUACGAGUGUAACGAGUGUGGCAAAGCCUUUCGUUAUGCCCCCUCCCUCACUAAACAUAUCAGAACACACAGUGGAGAGAGGCCCUAUAGAUGUCAGGAAUGUGGGAAAGCCUUUGUUUGUUCUUCAGCCCUCACCACACAUUUAAGGACUCACAGUGGAGAGAGGCCAUACGAAUGUAAUGAAUGUGGGAAAGCCUUUAUAACUUCUUCAGCCCUCACUACACAUUUAAGGAUUCACAGUGGAGAGAGACCUUAUGAAUGUAAGGAAUGUGGGAAAACCUUCAGACAGCUCUCAACCCUCACUACUCAUGUAAGGACACAUAAAGGAGAGACCCCCUAUGAAUGUAAGGAAUGUGGAAAAGUCUUUAGGCAACUCUCAACCUUCACUGCACAUAUAGAGACUCACAAUGAAGAAGAAACACCCUAUAUAUGUAAUGAGUGUGGCAAAACAUUUAGGAGUUCCUCUUACCUCGAUUUACAUAGUAGAAUUCAUAUUUGAGACAAGUUUUAUGAAUAUAAUGAACGGGAAUACCUCACUUGACAUAUAAGAUCUCACAGUGGAGGAACUAUACUAUUUCAAAAGUAGGAUGUCUUAUCCUUCCUAGCAUAGUUUUAAACAAGUUCAUGAAAGUCUGAGAAAUAAAAUUUUUCCUUGAGUAAGAAAACAGUGCUAAGGCACGCACACACACACACACAAAGAAAGUUAUUAGAGAUGCUUUGUGCUUUCAGGAAAAAUGAUAGUUUCAAGAGAACUAACUACCAGGCAGUCCACAUCAAUGUUUGUUACUUUAUCAAUGUAAGGUAAAUCAUACCCGUCUUAACUUUUUUGACUAUUACAAAUAAAGCUGUAGUGAAUAGCUUUGACCAAUGUUUUAUACUGUGCAAUGUUUUAUUCAUGUUAUUUUCCAUCAAUAAAAUACGUUCUUCUUGAUUUUGA